AUAAAUAUCUAAGUGACAAAAAAUAAAAUUCCAAAAAUAUUUAAAGGAAUUCUUAUUGUUUUUUAACUCAACAAAUUGUGGAUUACUUAAACAUCAUCUGUUAGCCGUUCAAUUUUUGUGGAUUAGCAGCUGUUUUUAUUACAAAUUUUCAUUUUUGUUUUUUUGUAAAAAAAAACUUUUCAACAAAACUCAUCAAUAUGGUUGUUUUAGAAGGUGGCGGUGGUGUUGUUACCAUCGGUAACAAUCAAUACCUACAACCAGAUUAUUUGGCCCCAUUGCCAACUGCGAUGGACGCCAAAAAAUCUCCUCUCGCCUUGCUGGCCCAAACCUGUUCACAAAUUGGCGCUGAUUCGUCUGCCGUCAAGCCCAUACUCUCCAUGGAUAAAUCGAAAAAAUCCGGUUCAACUUCAUCGGCUUCGUCCUCCUCAUCCAGUGUAACCUCCGAAACGGGUUCAGCCAAGUCACCCACUCAGGCUAAAUCACCCAAAUCGACUACACCCACAAACACCGAAAUCAAAUUGGCCUUCAAACCCUACGAGACCAAUGUCUUAAGUCAACAGAAUGUCAACUCUUUCAAAUCCUCGAUCAGCUCUGAAGAUUUACAACAGCGUCCCAGUUCAAAGUCAUCUUCACACAAUGGUGACGCCACCCGAGUGCCAUCACGUAAUAAGUCUAACGCCACACCCGAUAAUGGCCUAAAUAAAUCACAAGACAUGUCUCAUGGCUCCCAUACACCACAUGAUCAUAGCCGCAAAACAGUGUCACCUUCCGGUUCUCAUUCUUCACAAAGAGGCGCCAGCCCCAUAGUCAGAUCUGGCAUGGAGGUUUUAAAUAAUGCCAAUGGCUCAGCCCAACAUCCCAAAGAAAUGAGCAGCAUGGCUCAGGCUGCCGCUGCAGCAGCUGCUGCUUAUAAGGCUGCCGGUGGUCCCUAUGGUUUCAAUCCUUUGUCAGCCUUGUGCUGUCCUCCUGGUAUGGAACAACAUGCUGCCGCUAAUCCUGCCUUCCGUCCUCCCUUCGCUUCUAAUGGUUUUGCUCAUCAUCAUGCCGCCAUGUUAGCGGCUGCUGCCGCCAAUGGUGGUUAUCCCGGCAAUCCCAAUGGUCCGGCUAGUGCUCAACCCAAUCCCUAUAUUAGUUAUCAACGUAUCAAGACUCCUGCUGGUGGUGAGGCCAUAGUGCCCGUUUGUAAAGAUCCCUAUUGUCCCGGCUGUCCCUACUCUGCACACACACAACAAAUGCUAAUGGGUGCUCCCUGUCCCGCCGGCUGUACACAGUGUGAACAUCAGAAAUACGGAAUGGCUGCCAUGAUGGGUGCAUCUGGUCUACCACCAAAUCAUCCCUACUCACAAGCUGCCGCCGCUGCUGCUGCCAAUGCUGCUGCCGCCCGUUCGGCUCCCUAUGUCUGCAGUUGGGUGGUAGGUGAUGCUUAUUGUGGCAAACGUUUCCAGACUUCCGAUGAGCUUUUCAGUCACCUUAGAACCCACACUGGUAAUCUCUCAGAUCCUGCUGCUGCUGCCGCCGCUUUGGCCCAGUCUCAAGCACAAUCUCUGUUGGGCUCUCUAUUUCCUUCAUCGGCCUUAAGAGGUGGUUAUCCCACACCUCCUCUGAGUCCCAUGUCAGCUGCUGCUGCCGCCGCCCGUUAUCAUCCCUACGCCAAGCCUCCCAGUGCUUUGGCUGCUGGUGGUCCUUCUCCCUUCGGCGGACCCGGAGGUUUUAAUCCCGCUGCUGCCGCCGCUGCUGCUGCUUUGGGUCCUUAUUACUCACCUUAUGCCAUGUAUGGUCAACGUAUUGGUUCCGCUGCUGUGCAUCAAUAAGUUAAUGUAAUGAGUAAUUAGCAAAUGUGAUCUUUGAAAAGAGAACCUUUAAAAACAACCAUCUCAUGAAAAAAUACCAAAAAAAAGCCAGAACAAAUACAUGAAAACCCCCAACCAGAGAGGCCGUCAUACUGAGAGAUAAAGAAACCAAGUUUUAAAACUCAUUCACUGCAGAGACAAAUGAGAAAAUAAGUCAAAUCGGCUAAAUCAAGGAUAAAUCAACAUCACUCCUAAAGCCGAUAUGUUAUACUGUGAUACUAAAUUGUAGUUGAGCGCUAGUUUAAUAGUUUUAAAUAAUAAUUUUUAAUAUUAAACCAUCCUUAAAAACAAAAAAAAUAACAUUUAAAAAUCUUAAAUUCUAACAACCAUUUAAUUACAAAUAUUUAAUUUUAUUAUGUUAAAGCAGCCAAAGCAUUAAUAAUUUCCAAUUUAAAAAGAAAAUCAAGUUAAGAAAUCCUAAAACUUCCAUAAUUUUGUUGCUAUAAAAAUUUUGAAAAAGAUACUUGUUUUGUAAUAAUAUUAUUUUAUGGUUUUAUUUUUAUUAUAUUCUUAACUGUUUUAAUUUAAUUUAAAAAAGAAAAAAAAACAAAAUAAAUUUUAAAAAAAUCCUUUAGUUAUUUAGUUCAUAAGUUAAAUGUGUAAUUUAUGUAGUUUGUAAUACUUAGAUUUGCUACUUGUAAAACAAAUGUUACAAAUGUUUCAUUUGUGUAUAAAAAAACCAACAAAAACUUAUAAAUUAUAUUUAAAAAUAUAUAAAACACAAAAAUCAUUUUUUGAAAAAUUAAUUAAAACAA